CUUGACACGCGCCUUGCCUUGCCUUGCCUGCCUCCUUGCCGCCGGUGGCCGCGUCGGCCGUCCGGACACGUCACCCUUCCAUUGCGCCGCGGCCCCGCGCGCGCAUAGAUUUUUUGGCGAUAAGGCGAGAAUUAGGAAACGCAAAUUAAGCACGCACGGUGAGGGGCUUUGAUCGCGCAAGAUUGCAAGAAAUCUCCCCGAAACUGGUACUACUCCCAUAGUUCCAUUUGGACGGCAAGGACGGGAGGCGGGAGGCGGCGGGUCGCGGUGCUGAGCUACCCCGUUGGGUGGGUGGACUGGUUCCCUUGCGUGGCGCAUCGGAUGAGAUGGGCGCUGCCGGGAAGGCCCCGAAGGCGCGGCGGGAGGCGCGCGUGAAGAUGUGGGUGGCGCGGGCGAGCACCACCGUGCUGCUCUGGACGUGCGUGGUGCUGCUCGCGGCGGCCUUCGGGGAGCAUCUGGCGCCGAGCGUGCUGGGUGGCGUGUGGUCCGGCUGCCUCACCCAAACGCUAGUCAUCGUGCAGCGCCCGCUGUUGCCGGCGGACGGCGAGAGGGUCGCCGCCGCCGCCACCGCCGCAGUCGCGCUACCGCCGAAGAGAAUCUACAAGAACAAUGGCUAUUUGAUGGUCUCCUGCAAUGGUGGUCUUAACCAGAUGCGAGCCGCUAUUUGUGAUAUGGUGACGGUUGCAAGAUACUUGAAUGUCACUCUCAUAGUGCCGGAGUUGGAUAAAACUUCAUUUUGGGCUGAUCCUAGUGAGUUCCAAGAUAUAUUUGAUGUGGACUACUUCAUAGCAUCGUUGAGAGAAGAGGUUAGAAUACUGAAAGAGCUGCCCCCAAGGCUGAAAAGAAGAGUUGCACUGGGAUAUCUUCGCUCCAUGCCACCCAUCAGUUGGUCUGAUAUAUCGUAUUACCAUAAUCAGAUUCUACCAAUGAUAAAGAAGUACAAGGUCCUUCAUCUGAACAGAACAGACGCCCGGCUUGCAAAUAAUGGCCUACCCAUGGAGAUUCAAAAAUUAAGGUGCCGUGUCAAUUUUGCUGCAUUGAGAUUUACCCCUGAAAUAGAAGAGCUGGGCAGGCGCGCGGUCAAAAUUCUUCGUCAGAAUGGACCCUUUGUGGUUCUCCACUUGCGGUAUGAAAUGGACAUGCUUGCCUUCUCCGGCUGUACACAUGGUUGCAGCAAUGAGGAGGCUGAGGAGCUCACAAGAAUGAGAUAUGCUUACCCAUGGUGGAAAGAGAAAGUGAUUGACUCCAAUGCAAAGAGGAAAGACGGGCUCUGUCCAUUGACACCGGAGGAGAUUGCAAUGGUAUUAAAGGCACUCGACAUCGAUCCCAGUUAUCAAAUAUACAUUGCUGCUGGAGAAAUAUAUGGUGGACAAAGAAGAAUGGCUGCACUGACUUCAGCUUAUCCCAAUGUGGUAAGAAAAGAGACCAUACUUCCUUCAGGUAUCAGGUUUUUCCAGAACCAUUCUUCACAGAUGGCAGCAUUAGAUUAUAUGGUGUCCUUGGAGAGUGAUGUUUUCAUCCCCACUUAUGAUGGUAACAUGGCAAAAGUUGUUGAAGGUCAUCGCAGAUACUUGGGGUUCAAGAAGACAGUGCUGCUAGAUCGAAAGCUUAUAGUUGAGCUCGUUGAUCAGUACAAAAAUGGCACAUUGAGCUGGACUGAUUUCUCCUCCUCUGUGAAGGCAUCACACACCAGCCGCAUGGGCACACCAUCAAGGAGGCAGGUGAUUCCUGACAAACCUAAGGAAGAGGACUACUUCUAUGCGAAUCCUCAUGAGUGUUUGCACCAACCAGAUGAGCUAUCAUUUUUGUGAUACCCUCCCAAUAUAUGCAUUCUUUCAGAGCCUUGGGCUGGCUUGGAUUAUAUUCUUGAGAUGGCAAUAAUUGGAGAUCUAGUUGUAUUGAUUCACAGGCACCUGAGAGAUAAAUGGUACCUUAUCUUAGGUGUCUAUCUAUACAGAUGACAUAAUUUGCCAGUUUUGGUUAUGUCGAAAUAGGCCACGUGUAUUUUUGGUUUGUACAUAUGAGCAUAGGAAUUGGAAGAAAAUACACCAGUAGAGUUUUUCAGUUUUUUUUAUGGAACAUUUUUCAGUUUCUGAAUGGAGCUUUUAUGUGAUGCAUAUACAUAUGGUGAUGAUGGUAGUCAAAAGUUCUAACAUUGUAAA